GAAGUUGAGAGAAAGAUCAUGAUUGGAAACAGUUUACCAUACAAGACCGGAGACCAACUACGGAAAAUAGUUGAGGAAGAUAGACAGCCAGACAGACCAGAUGCAUAAGUUAUAAAAUGAAUAAUUUAAGUUCUCAAAAUAGCAAGAAAGAAAUUGUUAGCAAAUACUUCAAAGACAAAAAACAAGACAAUGAUGAAAGUGUCUCUGAGUUCCAAGAGCCUAAAAAAACUAAUAAAGGUCCAAAGACUGCUGUAAAUGCACCUCAAGCUUCCACUGCUAGCAAAAGUAAAAAGCGAACUAAAAAAAUCAAAGGUCAGAAAGAUAUAAGAGCAGUUUUGAACAAGAAAAAUGAGCUAGUUAAAUAUGCUAAAGAGUUUGAUCAAGUCUGUAAGAUAUCUGGUAUUGAUGUGGACUCGGAACAACUCCAGUUGGCUAUAGCAUUGUCAAAGUCACUGCAAGAAACAAUUACUGAAGAAAAUGUGUCUCGGAAAUCAAAGAUCCUAACUGCUGAAGAAAGAAGUGGAAAAAUACGAACUACACUCCAGGAGUAUGGAUUUAGAGUGCCCGAAGUCAAAUUACAGACUACAAGUAGAAGGAGACUAAAAGGAAAGAGAAGGCAAAGUAAACUGCUGUUAUUAUCAGAUGCUGAAAGACAACAGAUUAUUACUGAUAAAUAUUCCCAGGUAAUCUUUGAAAACACAACACUUUUUGGUGAAAGUAGUGGAGUUACUGAUCAACUGUACAAAACAGCACCACUGUAUCACAUUGCUACUAAUUCCUAUUAUGAGUAUAUAAAAUGUGAUGAAAGAUUUUAUGUUGAUGGCUUGCUAGAAAAAAGUCCAAAUACCAUAGGAAGUUUACUCCGUGAUUGGUCUGAAAUACCUGGUAGACCACUUAGUCCAGUUUUGGAACUAAAUAUAAAAUACAGAUGUUGUGAACUAGAGUUUUCUUGUCAAGAAAUAAGUGAUAUCCUCAGUGGAACAAUAGAAAAAGCACAAUAUAUCAUCAAAAGAAAGGCUGAUCUUCUUGAUUGCCAUUCAGACAAAAUGGAAGAUAAAGAAUGUGUGAAACUGAAAUCUGAUAAUAGACUUGAUGCUCUAAGUGUUCAAUUGCCACAAUACAGAUGUGCUUCUCCUGAUUUAUUUGAUGAGGAAGAUUCAGAAAUCUUAAGCCAGAAAAGUACUCAACAUGAGAAUGUUAAUUUAAGCCCACCAUGUUCUCAAAUAUCUAGCAAUGUAACCAGAAAAAAAAGUAAUGACUUCAUGGAUCUAACAGAAUGUAUAAAUCUGAUGCCACAACCAUCUACUUCUAAAACAGAGUUACCUGAAGUAGUUGUAGUUGAGGACUGUGAUCAAAUGGGAGUAUCAAAUUUGCAAACUAAGUUUCCUAACAUUACCCAAAGAAAAUCUAAUGAUUUUAUGGAAAUAACUAAUUGUAUAGCAACAUGCGGCCGACUGAAAGCUAUAGAUGAAGAUAAUAUUGAUCUCACUCAAGGUUCUGAUAACGAAACUGGAGAUGACACUAUCAUAAUUGAAGACAUUGACAAAACAUUUAGGCAACAUGACAAAGUUGAAAACUUUGACUUGACACAAUCGUCCAAUUCUAAUGAUACGUUACCUAUUGUUCAUAUAAGUGGAACAAAGCCAGUUGUGGAAGAAAUAAAUUUGCCAACGAAUUUGAUAACUAAGAAAUCUAUUUCUCCAAUAAAAAAUACAAGUAUAUUUGAAGAAUAUGUUUAUGAACAUUCUGAUCAUAGUAGUAAAAAUAAUGGAUCUAAAAGUAUGGAUAAUACUACUAAAGAGGCAACUUUUACAGGGCCUGGUGAAGAGGUCAGUGUCGAUCUAACACAAUCUUCAGAGUCUUUAGAUAAAACAUCUGCUGUUGAUAUUGAAUUUGGAGUACAUGAAUCCAACAUUGAUGUUUUGGGGAAAAAGAAUGAUAUUUCUAUAGACUAUGAUGAAGUAUUAAAUGAUAAAAAUGAUACCGAAGAAACUAAAGAAAGUUUAAACUCUCCAGACAAGAAUAUUAACUUAGAGAAUGUGUAUGACUAUAAUGAUAAAAGUUUUGAUGAAGUGCUGAAUCAUUCACUAGCACACCAAUCAAAUCAUGAUGAUUUUCAUAUUCAUACUUCAGAUAUAACUGCAAAUAACAAUUUUUAUAAAGAGGAUCCAAGUGAAACCAAUUAUGGUAACGAGUAUAAGCCACCAAUUUCUGACACCCCUUCUGAAGUAUUUGAAAUAUCUGAUGAAGAACUCAACUACUCCAUACACAAAUCCAAAUAUUUAACUGAUAACUCUAAAGAAAGCAAUGAAAUAUCUGUUGAGAUACCUAAAGGGAACUUUGAAUGUGGUGGUAUAUCUAUUCUAGACAAUAUAUCUGCUAUUAAAAGACUUAGUGAUAAUAUAACUAUAGAGAGAGAUAGUAUGAGAAAGUCUGUAAAUGAUAGUUUGCCAAUAGUUGAAAUUAGAGGGAGUAAGGUAAAGAUAAAAUCACCAUUACAUGAAAUGGCUGUAGAAAUGUCUACACCUGUUAAAGACUUAGUUAAAGAUAAGUUUGCUACUGUAAAUACGCCUAAUAAUAGUGAAUAUGUUAUUAAAACUAAUCAAGUUACACCAAUGGUGGAUUAUGCUUCGCUUUCCACUCCUGAAAGAAACAAAGAACUGGAUAAAUAUGGUUUGAAACCAUUCAAACGGAAAAGAGCUAUUCAACUACUAACGCAUCUUUACAAUCAAACACACCCAGUAGUAGAAACAUGUAGCUCUGAAGAUCUACCGUCACCGUCUAAAAAACUGAAGCCGAAUACUGAAAAUAACCAGCAGAAACCUCUUAAAGAACCAUUACCCACCCUCAGUCAAGGAAAGGCCGAAACUAAAGGAAAAUCGCCUAGAAAAACUUCUAGUAAAUCACCAAGAAAAGCAAUCAAUAUCGUCCCUUAUGGUGAAGAUGAUACAGCUCUUUCCACAUCACAGAAAAGUAAAUCUAGUUCAAAAUCAAGGAAGGACAAUCUAUCCCAAAAAUCUGAUAGAGAACUUACAAAUAAAGAAAGUGAAAAGGAAAACAUUUCGUAUGUAGAAACCAGCUGUGUUACAGUUGGUAAAGACGUUAAAUGUUGUCCAGAUGAUUGGGUGUUCCAGAAAAGAGAGAAAGCUAAGGUCCAUUCCUGCCGUCUACCCCUGCACAUAGCGUUCCACAACUACGUGUCAUCCCGCCGCGGCCUGCGGGAGGCUAUUCUCAGAUACGUGCCUGUGAACAUAGACGUCAUACACAAGGAUCUGGUGGGCUAUGGGCAUCGGUACGAUCCUAAGGAUCUUCUGAGAUUUCUGGACAAGAAAUGCAUAACGGUCAAAACAGCAGACAACAACGCACGAAACAAAAACAAAUAAUUAUAAAAAUUGUGUUCUAAUUUUAUACAAAAUGUUUUGUCAAGGUUUUUAAUUUAUGUAAAUAUAGUAGGUAUAAUUUGCGAAA